AUGGCACAGCAGAAGUCAACGGCACGCAUUCUUCUAUACACAGCAACCGCGGACUUCCGGCACGACUCCAUCCCCACUGCUAUUCGGGCCUUACAAAACCAGAGCGAGUCCGCCGGUGGUAAAUUCAACGUCCAGUUCGAUUCUACAGAGGAUCGAACGAAGUUCACCGAAGACAAUUUGGCGGGGUACGAUGCUAUUAUGUUCGUGAGCACAACGGGCGAAAUUCUGGACGAGUCGGGUAAGACUGCGUUCCGGAAUUACCUUGAUAAAGGUGGAAACUUCAUCGCUGUCCACAGUGCGUCGGAUUCACUGCGGAACGAUUCGUGGUACGGUGAAGAAGUCGGGGCCUUCUUUGACGAUCACCCAGCGUUGCAGAAUGCGACGGUAGAUGUUAUUGGUCCGUCGCAUCCAAGUACGGACAUGCUACCCAAAGAGUGGCACGUUCAGGAUGAGAUGUAUAACUUCAAGUCCGAUCCGCGAAGCGUCGGCGCUGUGGUCAUCCUAUCUGCCAACGAAUCAAGCUACGUCGAUAACACGACUCACAACUUCAAUCAAGGGUCACCUCAUCCGACAGCCUGGUUUCAGGAACACGGAGCUGGCGUAGACUCCGGGAGCAAUGUCACUGCCGGCCGGAGCUUUUAUACGAGCCUUGGGCACUUGAACGAAACUUGGCGGGACGAUCUAUUCAUGGCACAUGUGAUGGGAGGUGUAAUGUGGGCACUUGAGUCGAACACGACAAAGGCUUUCAACUCAAGUGGACUCGUUGGGAACAAUGGUUCCGCCACCAACUCGUCUACUAACUCAACUUCGACCGGUGCACCAAACCCUUCGACGACGGGUGGUGGAGGGUCGAUUUUUGGUAGUUUCUCGUCUGGAAUUCUGGGUUUGGCUCUGCUUGCGAGUAUGAUACUCCUAAUGAUGUGA